UAUAGGAUAAGCUGAAUUAGUCCAUUUCUUCUCCUAUAUCACAGAGGCUAUAACAAUGGCUUCUGAGAAGGUUGAGACUGUUAUAGCUGGAAACUAUGUUGAAAUGGAGCGGGAGGAAGGAGAUCCCAAGUGUAAAUUAUCAAAGCUAUUUUGGCAUGGUGGCUCGGUCUAUGAUGCAUGGUUUAGCUGUGCUUCUAACCAGGUUGCACAAGUGCUUCUUACACUUCCCUACUCAUUUUCACAACUGGGAAUGGCAUCAGGAAUCAUUUUUCAGCUCUUUUAUGGGUUGAUGGGAAGCUGGACUGCGUACCUUAUCAGUGUACUUUAUGUUGAGUACAAAACUAGAAAAGAGAGAGAAAAAGUUGACUUCAGGAAUCAUGUUAUUCAGUGGUUUGAAGUUCUUGAUGGGCUGUUGGGGAAACACUGGAGGAAUGUAGGCCUCUUUUUCAACUGCACUUUUCUUCUAUUUGGAUCUGUAAUUCAAUUGAUCGCAUGUGCAAGUAACAUAUACUACAUAAACGACAAUCUUGACAAGAGAACUUGGACUUAUAUCUUUGGCGCAUGUUGUGCAACAACUGUCUUCAUCCCAUCAUUCCAUAAUUAUAGAAUCUGGUCUUUCUUGGGCCUUAUAAUGACCACUUACACUGCAUGGUAUCUCACCAUUGCUUCCCUUAUCCACGGGCAGGUAGAGGAAGUGAAGCACUCAGGACCAGCCAAUAUGGUUCUCUACUUCACUGGGGCCACCAACAUUCUCUACACCUUUGGUGGGCAUGCUGUCACAGUGGAGAUUAUGCAUGCAAUGUGGAAGCCGCAUAAAUUCAAGCUAAUAUACUUGAUAGCAACACUUUAUGUGCUCACUUUAACUUUACCAUCAGCUUCUGCUGUCUAUUGGGCUUUUGGGGACUUGCUUCUCACCCAUGCCAUUGCUCUCUCUUUGCUCCCAAGGACUGGGUUUAGAGACACUGCUGUCAUUCUUAUGCUUAUUCACCAAUUCAUAACAUUUGGGUUUGCUUGCACCCCACUGUACUUUGUGUGGGAGAAAUUCAUUAGAAUGCAUGAUACAAAGAGCAUGUUCAAGAGAGCUAUAGCCAGACUGCCUGUGGUGAUCCCCAUAUGGUUCCUCGCAGUCAUUUUUCCUUUCUUUGGCCCCAUCAACUCAACUGUUGGAUCUCUUCUGGUCAGCUUCACCGUUUACAUAAUUCCUGCCCUAGCACACAUGGUGACCUUUGCUUCUGCAUCUGCCAGCGAGAAUGCAGUGGAAAGACCACCAUCAUUCAUAGGAAGUUGGGCAGAAUUGUACACCAUGAACAUCUCUGUGGUGGUGUGGGUAUUGAUUGUAGGAUUUGGGUUUGGAGGAUGGGCAAGCAUACUCAAUUUCAUUCGACAAGUUGAUACUUUUGGUCUAUUCACCAAGUGCUACCAGUGUCCCCCACACAAGGCUUGAUGAUCAGUAGAUUCCCUUCCUGCUUUUUUAAAAGGUUUUUACAAAUUAAGUUUACAUAUGUAAGCGUGUCAAGUGAUUGGCAUUUGAAACCUUUUCUUCUUCUUCUCCCCCUCCUGGCCCCUGUCCUUUUGUAGAAGCAAUUGUUGAUUGGUUUUCA